AAAAACCCUCCCCAUGCGAGGCGGGGGGGAGGGGGUAGUAGCAGUGCUGUAGAGGAAACGGAGGAAGAGCUCCAGCGAGAGAUCGAUGAGCUAUAUCGCCAACAACGCCAUAUUACAGAGCGCCUUCGUGAUCCUCGUGGACUUCGAAGAGGAGGGUUAUCCUCCGCCGCCGCCGCCGCUCCUCGCAAUUUCGUUGCUAACGGUGCUCGUCCUCGUGGCUUUGUUCGACCGGCCGAUAGGAACAAUGCAGAAGAUCAACCUCCUGCAAAACGGCGGCUUUUGUCUUCUGUUGUUAAGGUGGAGGAGGAUGGAGAGAGCGUUGAGGAUUCUGCCACGGAAGAGGAUGCAAAGAACGAGCAAAUGGGUGAGGAUGGAAAUGUAGGGCCUGCUACAGGGAUUCGGGGUGAUGGAAAGCCUUUCAAGUUACAGCAAAGUGGUUGGUCUAGGAGAGAUUUUGAUCUUAGAGCAGUGAAGAGGGAGGUUGAAACUCCAGUAAUUGACCUGCCAAGGGCGUUGCCUAAGAAUCAGGAUCCAAGAUUGGUUAGCAGAAACAAAAGAAUGCUGGGGCAACUUUUAGGUACUCUGGAGAAAUUCAGAAAAGAAGAUAUGAAAAUUUCAGGGACGGAAGCAUUUAUACAAAGGUCAAAUGCUUUGCAAAGAGCUGAGCAAAAAGCACAUGAAGAACGUGAAAGGCUGAGACAACAAGAGUGUGAACAAAUUGCUGAACAGAGGAGAAGAGAUCUGACUCUCAGAGCACGCAUCACUGUAAAGGCUGAAGAAAAGAAAUUGGAAUUGCUGUUUCUUCGGUGGAAUGAUCACCACAAAAAACUUAGCAAUUUUAUAAGGACUAAGGCAGAACCUCCAAUUUACUAUUUGCCUAAACAGCCAUUGGAAAAAGAUGCAACCUUGCUUGACCAGCAAAGAGAACAGGUAACAUUUUUAGAAUGGAAGGCUGGUAGGAGAGAUGAACUAUCUGAAUAUCAGAAGCAGAUCGGGGACCAGCAACUUAGCUAUGUUGAAAAGGAGUUGGAGAGGUGGCAAAGCAGGAGAGCGAGCGAUGAUGUGAACUUGCAAGAAACAAUGGACAAAGAAUUGGACACUCGCAGGCUUGAGCAUGGUCCCAAGACAAGAAAGAUACCUGGUGGAAGCAACAACAAAGAGGAUGAUGACGUGGAGGAUAUCAAUGUUGGGGAGGAUGACGUGAUGGAUGAUGUGCUGGAGGUUGAUGACUGCAGGAGGGUUGAUGAAGCAGCCCAGCCAGAAGCCAAUGAUACCAGCCCCCCUCCUGAUCAGUAAUGAUUGAAGGCAUCAUAACGUGUUCCUUAUAUCAGGUCAUUCCAUUGCCAAUCCUAUUUUCUUCUGUAUUUACUUGCUUUUCUCCGGCUGUCUUGGUGUUUGUUUUUCCCAUUAAUGUGAGAUUGUCAUUCUUCUGUAUUGUGCGUGUCUUGUACAGACAGAGGAUCUUAAGACAUCAUUUGUUAUCGUUAGUGUAUUUUCUAAAAUCAUCAAUGCAAAGUUGCAGAUGAAUAAUGCAAGCACUAAUCUGGAUUUGAAUCA